AUGAAGCGAUGGCCACCAAGUCCAAAAUCUUCUUCGUCGUGGAGUACGUCAGGGGGCGGCAAGCUGUUCGCCAAGGUCGAAAAGGGGAAACUCGACGAGGACCUCGCCCGCUGCUACUUCCAGCAAUUGAUCAGCGCAAUCGACUAUUGCCACAGCCGGGGAGUCUCCCAUCGGGAUCUGAAGCCGGAGAAUCUGUUGCUGGACGAGAACGGGAACCUCAAGAUCUCCGAUUUCGGACUCUCCGCGCUCCCGGGUCAGCGCUGUAACGACGGGUUGCUCCAUACUCAGUGUGGGACCCCUGCCUACGUGGCUCCGGAGGUUCUCUGA